ACCGCCUCCAUCACUGUUUGGUACGGUAACUGUACAACACGUGAUAGGAAGGCACUCCAGCGGGUGAUCAAGACCUCACAGAACAUUGUUGGGGCAGCCCUCCCCUCACUGCAAGACAUUUAUAAAUCUAGAGUCCUACGCAGAACACACAACCUCAUCAAGGACAGCACACAUCCACAACACUCAUUAUUCACACUCCUACCGUCAGGCAGACGCUACAGGAGUUUGAAGUCCAGGACCACAAGGCUGGCAAACAGCUUUUACCCACAGGCCAUCAGGCUUCUCAACGAAGCACUCACACACGCCGCACGCAACACACGCACACACUCAUAGCACUUUAUUUAUUUAUUACUUAUUUAUUUGUAUAUUUAUUUGUAUGAAUGUCUUUUCUUUUUGUUGCUGCUUAAUUUAUUGGUAUAUAUGUUUAUGUGUUUAUGUUUCUUAUGUUCUUAUUCUUUCAUUUGUUUUCUUUCUUUUCUUGGGAGAAUGAACAGAAUAAGAUUUUCAUUGCAUGGUAUAACUGCUGUUUUACCAUGCACAUGACAAUAAAACUCUCUUGAAUCUUGAAAUGCUGAAGCAAACGUUCUAAAGUGAAGAAAAACUUGCGUUACAAUUACAGAGAAUGACACCUGGUGGCAAAAAUAUAUUUAAUACAAAAAGAGUCUUCUGAGAGUGAAAAUACAGAUACAAAAAUAGAUGACAAAAACAGAGUCCGAACAUAAAACUGGGCAAAGCCAAAAGGUAACAACAAAAAACACUGCUGGCAAAAUGGACUAGCAGGAAAAAAUACCAAAAACCUAAACCGAAUUCGCUGCCGAAAAACCCAGGCAGGAACUACACCAGCCAAACAGGGUAGAAAUAGUCACCAUAAAUAGACGCAAAAAGACCAGAGGCAUACAACACAAGCGAGAGCUACACGAGGAAGGAAGCGUGGUCAACUAGCGUGUAUGAAGGGACGAUCUGGCACAGAAUGAGUCCAGGCACCAGGCCAAAGUACUCGAGCUACUGAGAUUGCUUGCAGGGGGGUACGGGUUGCUCCGCUGCAGCGGGAACACAUGACACACAAUAGCUUUGAAGUCAGCAUGAGUUUUGUGGUUCACGACCUACAGUACGGUCAUGAGCUGUGGCUCAUGAACGAAAGGACAAGAUGACGGGUACAAGCGGCCCAAAUGAGUUUUGUGGUUGCACUGUCCCUUCGAGAGAAGGCAAGGAGCACUGUCAUCUCUUUUACUCAUCUUGCUUUUCAUUUACGGUGUGGAUUUAUUUUAUUGACUCUUUUCAUACUUGUUGUAAAUGUUUAGGUUUAGGUUUGGUUUAAUUUAUUUCGAACAUGCAUAUGUCCGAAAAGGAGUAGGAAGAAGCAGAGCUUAUUUAAUCCUAUCCCCUUUUUGUAGCACAUCAAUUGCUAAUACAUACAUGUGUGUACAUACACAUACAAACACGCACAUACAUAUAGAUACACUUACAUCUGCACCUACACAAGUAUGCACAUAUACACAUAUACAGUAUACAGGUACACAAAUGCUAAAAAAAAAAAAAAAAAAUUCUCCCCCCCUUUUUUCCUCCUCCUCCUUUCCUUUUCCCUUUCUAUUUAUCCUGUCCUUCCUCUCCUGUUGAUAUCCACAUCGUCUUUAGUGUUGCACUGCUAGUGACGCUGGGUUUGUAUACAAGAGUUCCUUUUAUUAACUAUGUCAAGGUUAUUGCAAUUAUGCUUAUUAUCAUAGUAAUAUAAUGUUUAAUAUGUUCCCAGAUAGCUAAUAUCUUGGACAACAAGCACACUUGCGACUCCUGGAGCUCCUUUUAGUUUGAUGUCGAUUUUCCCGUUAGUGCUCCAAGUGCUUUGAAUCUUUCCUUGCUUCCUCAGGUCUCGUGCUUUCCUGGCGAUGUCGGAAUUGCGUUUUGUGAGAUGCUCAUUCAUGUAGACGUUGGUGCCUCUUAGCUUCUUUCCCUGUUUCAGCAGUGCAGCUUUGAAUUCCCUGUUGGUGAACUUAAUGAUGACAGGUGUGGUGUUGUCCCUGCCAUGGAGUGGGACGUGUAGGAAGUUAGCAAUCUGUUGCUUUAUUGAAGGAACAUCUCUUGACUUGGGUGUGAUUUGGAGCCCUGUGAGGACCACAUCAUUAAUUCGUGCAAUCUGAUCUACCUCGUCAAUGAAGUUUUUAAUUUGCUCCUUGAUAUUCUCCUUUGCUUCUUUCUCUUCCUCGAGGGUGGUGCGAAAGUCAGCAUUAUCCUUCAAUCGUGCCUUGAUGUCAUCCUGUAGAAUGUUGAUAUCAUUGCAUAAUGCUCUAUUUUCUUCCCUGGGGUCUUUAGCGUCCUUAAGAUCAGUACAUGAGGCGGCUUCCAUAUGGUUUAAAGCCUCCUUGAGAGCACUGCGCAAGGCAGCGUUAUCUUCCAAUAAAGCCCUGAUAUCAUCCUGCAGAACCCUAACAUCCUUGCAAAAUGCUGUAUUUUCUUUACGGUUUAUCGCUUCCUGAAGAGCAGAGCGCAAGGCAGCAUUGUCAUUCAACAGUUCCUUAAUGUCGUCCUGCAGAGCCUUGAUAUCUUCCAUAGGGUAUUUAACCUCCUUAAGAGCGGCACCCAGGUCUGCAUUUUCAUCUUGCAACUUCUUGACUUCGUUUCUUAGUUUUUUGAUAUACUUGUUCUGUGCUCUAUUUUCUAUUUUGCUAGCAGGUAUCGAUAGUUGUAUCUGUACCUCUCGACUAUCCAAGUUAAAGUUGGGGGAUUCAGCAAGCAGCACUGAUCUUGUGUUCAUGAAGUGUCGUCAGGAAAGCACCAAAAUAGUUAAAAUUUCCAGUAUCAUCAACAGAGCUCCUGCCAUACACGUCCUUCCCUGUCAAGGAAAAAAAAAAAAAAAAGAAUUUGAUGUAUGUAUUUGAUGUACCAGCUUUAAUUGUACUCAUUUGUACUUUGAAUUAAUUAUUGUUCAUACUAGUUUUAGUUUGUGCACCACUUUGGGAACUGUGUCUAUAAAACGUGCUAUAGAAUGAAAGUGGAUUGCAUAAAUGACAUCUUCUUCAACUUAGCCCAUUUUUAUUUGGAGUGUUAUUUUUGUUUUAUGAAUAGCCUGUUUUAUGUUGCACCACGAUAACUAUUUUGUGUAACCUACGCUGACAAUAAAAACGACUGUGAUUCUAUUACCCAAUAAUAAUAUGUUUUUAUGAGUAUCGUCUAAUUUUAAUGUGAAACCCAACGUACGUUAUGACUAUAACAUAGUCUUGUGUCACAAAUACUGUAAUGCUGUUUGCAUUAGUAGCUGUUAUUCAAAGAUGAAAAUACACAUUGAAUUUUGGAAAAACGUUUAAUUCCAACCACAAUUCGCAAGGUAUUGUUAAUGAAUCCAUAUUUUUCUUUGAUUGACGUUGUAGUGCGUUGCAAAAGCACAAUAAGGGACUUCUGAGCGUGACUAUGCGUGAUUCCAACACUACUUCAAUCCACGGUGGGUUUGGUCAUUGCUACAUUUCAUCAGCUAGCGUCACAGCUCUUGUCAGCUGCGCUGCUUUGCUUUCAGUGGCGGGAAAACAACCGAAAAAGGAUGCAUCCAGCUCUUUCAAUACAGAUGACACAAUGCUUGCUCUCAGCUUUAUUCGCGUAAAAUGGUGACUUUGUCUGGCCUAUGCUGCUGGCCCACGAUGCUCCAGACAGGAAGUUGACGUCCGACGAGGAGGAGGCCAAGCGCAUCGCCGAGAUGGGUAAGCCCGUGCUGGGGGAGCACUCCAAGAUGGAGGUCGUCAUUGAGGAGUCAUACGAGUUUAAGAGCACGGUGGACAAGCUCAUCAAGAAGACCAACCUGGCCCUGGUGGUGGGCACCAACUCGUGGAGAGAGCAGUUCAUGGAGGCCAUCACCGUCAGUGCAGACGAGGACGAGGACGAGGCGGGCGAGGAGCGUCUUCCGUCCUGCUUCGAUUACGUCAUGCACUUCCUGACGGUGUUCUGGAAGGUGGCGUUCGCCUGCGUGCCGCCCACCGACUACCUGAACGGCUGGGCGUGCUUCGUGGUGUCCAUCAUCAUCAUCGGCCUGCUGACCGCCGUCAUCGGCGACCUGGCGUCGCACUUCGGCUGCACCGUCGGCCUGAAGGACUCAGUGACCGCCGUGGUCUUUGUGGCGCUCGGCACGUCCGUCCCAGACACGUUUGCCAGCAAGGUGGCGGCGGUGCAGGACACGUAUGCCGACGCCUCCAUCGGGAACGUGACGGGCAGCAACGCCGUCAACGUGUUCCUGGGCAUCGGUGUGGCAUGGUCGGUGGCGGCCAUCUACUGGCACAGCAAAGGCAAGCCCUUCGUGGUGGAGGCCGGCUCGCUGGCCUUCUCCGUAACGCUCUUCACCAUCUUCGCCUUCCUGGCUGUGUCGGUGCUGCUGUACCGGCGCCGCGCUCACAUCGGGGGGGAGCUGGGGGGCCCGCGCGGGCACAGACUGGCCACUUCGGGCUUCUUUUUCAGCCUGUGGUUCCUCUAUAUCCUCUUCUCCAGCCUGGAGGCCUACUGUCAUAUAGAGGGCUUCUAAAGGGCCGCCCUCCCCCUCCAACACACACACACACACACACACACACUGCUGGAGGGAUGCAAGGAGACGUGCCCGUGAUGGCGCUUCCAGACCAUGCCAAGGGGACCGGCAGUCCACUGGAUGAGACCACGUGGAGAGAGUUUAUAUUUUUCUCAACAUCUUCACCACUGACACUUUUGUAAGAAAAGUAUUUUGGGGAUAAAAAUGCGAAAAAGGAACAAAACCGACAAAAAAAACCUUUCUAAUCAAUCUGAGUGAACAAGAUGACACACAACGUUGUGGGAUGGACUUUUGAUUCGACGUCAUGUUUUGUUCAAUGUCCCGAGUGGAAAAGGUGACACACAACGUUGUGGGACGGAGCUGUCGGAUUUGUUUUGCUUUGACUUCAUGCUUUAUUCAGCAUCCUGGGUUGAAAAUGUGACACACAACGUUGCGGGAUGGACUUGUAGGAUUUCUUUUGCUUUGGCCUCAUGUUGUGUGGGAGCACUGAAGAACCAACACCGUAGAAGAAGACUGCUGAUACUGAACACGACACACUGCACUCUGUAUACAGAAUGAUCGUUCAUUCACAUACUUAGUGUGCUUCUCAAGUGUGCUCACCUCCUGCUUCUUCUCACGAGCGUAGACAAGGGAGCGGAUCGGACUACAUCCUGGAACCAUGGGUCCUUUAGCUUGCACAAUCAUCCUGCUUUCACCUCACUUCAAUCAUAUUUUUCAAAAACGAAUUCAGAGGUAUUUUUCUACUUCCGUGCACUUUUGGAUCUAUUUAUGGAGAGGAGUUACACCCCCCCCACCCCCCCGCACGCGCGCGCACUUGUGUUUCCAGUUAUUUGAAUAUUUACACAAUAUAAUGCUUUUUUUAAACCCCCACAUCUUAAAGGCUGCAUUGUUUUUUCCUACCACUGGGGGGCAGCAAAGAGUCAGGGGAAAAACAAGAUGACGCUGCUAAUUUGGGGUGUCUUCUAGAGCCACGCAUCAUCGAACCCACCAAAUCACCAUUUAAAAAUUUAAUUCAAAUGAAUAUCAACUUUAAAUGCAACAACGGUUAAGAUGUGUUCACUUUUUAAUGGAUUGGCCACUUGACUGAAGGUUUUGGUAUUUUAAAGCACACUAGUGGUGUUUAAAAGCGGACAAAAACAAGCCAAAUGUAAAAUGGCGAUAAAGUCGCUGGUGGUAUGCAGAUGCCACCCUGUGGUACUCAGGAACAUGAGAUGUUUUGUAUGUUUAAAAAAAACUCAUGAUAUUGGAGACAUACAGGAUAUAGGUAUGAAAGAAUUGUACAAAUACACACGAGAUAUGAACUCCCUUUACAUACACCACGAGUCAAGCCGCAUAUUCAAAGCUAGCAAAACCAGAGGUACAGUCAUCCCUCACUGCCUUAGCGCUUCCAACUUCACAGCUUCACCCGAUCACAGCUUUUCAAAAACACAUCAAUGAAUGAGUCAUGUUGUUUUGGGAUUGAAUACAGCCUAUUAGUUGUCAAAAAGCGCACCUAUUUAAGCAAAUGUUAUUGGUUUUUUUGCCUAAAUGAAGCAUUUUCAAGCAUGAAAAUGGCAAAAUGAACAAAAAUACAAAUACAAGGCAUUACCAAGACGCAUUCAAUUUGCGACUGUAGAACAGCGGAGCCUCGGCUAAUGUGUUUUUCGGUUAACGUCAAAAAUGUACGCACCAUUUUGCCUCAGUUUGCGUACAUUUUGUGAACAUGUCAUGUCUUGUCAUCUUAUUCACACAGUGCAUGAAUCCAUGUGUAUUCCAAACGAGGUUUUUUUAUUAUCAGAAAACGUCAUUCCUUGUUAGCAUCCUAUUAGCUAGCUAACAAAAUGGCAGCCUGAGCCGGUAGUGGCGCUCAAAAAUGUGAACACGAAGCUGCUUCGUGUCUUAGCUGCUCCUAAGACACAGCAAGAUUAACCACUUGCAAUGUUCUUUGGCUCCAAUUUGGGUUGUUGAGGUGAGAAAUGCCACCGAAUUCCAGCAAUAACUCAAAAACGGGCAUGUGGCAGUUGCUGAACCCGCAGCCACAUCGUGUCUUUGGAAACUGUCCUCAAGGAUGGCGUCUUCGUAUAUGUUACGUAUAUGUUCACCUAUCCCUUUCAUUUAUAUGUCUUUAGAAGCAUUUUAUCGGGUUUUCCGAAUGUCAAACUAUAGUUGUAAAACUAUAAAAACGUGUUUUGUGUUAACAUUUUUGGCUUUCUGCAACGGAUGACAGGUUAGUAUUCCGUUUCGGUGAGAGUCAGAACUUCUGGAAACGAGUAAUGACGCGAACCAAGGUUCCACACUCGCUCGGACGUUUUUUUAUUGGUGAGACCAUUCCUCACAAAAGGGGGGCAAUAAGCUGAUCCCUGAAUGGUCUAGAUGGCCAGUGGAGUGGCCGUAGAGUGGCCACCCCGUAGCUCCGCCACUGCUUUUGGAGCGUCGAGGACACGUUUUCAAUGCAUAGUUUCUGGACUCGGCUCCCCAUCAUGGCGGUCAAACCCACGAGGGCAUAAUACGGAAGCGGAUGCCAAUCGCCACUCCUUUAACUCUAGAGUCCUCGCUUACACCCCACUCAUGCUGCCACAGAGAGCUUCCAUUAUGAACACAUUUAUGUGCUCAAUUACGCUUCACCAUUUGAUUCAAAGUCAACAUCGUGAGAAAACCGACCACAGUCACCUUGGAAAACGUACCUACCGCUUGCAGUUCAUGCAAAACGCCCUUUUACUCACAGCUCCUCCACACGGAAAGUUGUGUGUUGCAGUCAAAUGCGUCCAGGCGGAAACGGCGGCUUGUCUGAACUAAUGUUCUGCACCACAGAGCCACGAGGGUCUGCAUCGUAUUUCAGCGGCUGUCCACACAGAAACGUUUUCAGGCCAAAGCGGCACGGUAUGUUAUUGUUUCAGCCUUCCUUCACGCGGGGACGGCGUUCCGGGUGACCUGAAACGGUCUUGCUGUUUUUUUAAAAACGGCUUCCUAAGUGGGAAAAUCUUAAACCGCUGGCUUGUUGUCACCAUGUAAACAGGCAAUACGGGAACGAUGACGUCACCGACCUACCGCCACCCCAUCGCUGUACCAGCAGCUUGCUGGAGACCCCUGAGCUGCUAUGUAUGCUUGGCCCUUCUACUUCCUGUCCCAGUUUAGACGCCAUGCAAUGGAAAUAAUAAUACAUGACAUACAUAAAGUCCAUGCAGCUACAUUUAACCUUCUCUUGUCAGCGCAAGUCCCAUUUUUUUGUGUCGGCAUUUCUUUUUGGUCCACCUUUCCAGGAUGUGUUGUAAAGCAGGGGUGUCCAAAGUGCGGCCUCGGGGCCAUUUGUGCCCCCAGAUUGUUUUAAUGUAAUUGUCUAAAAAUACAAUUGAACUAAAUAAAAAGGGGAAAGAAUAAUUCUAAAAUACACCUAUAACACGAGCGUAUCCUUGUUUGGACAACCCUGCCAUGAUUAAAGUGUUCACCAGACUUGAGGAUGAUGAAGAGCAUCUUGGUUCCUUGGCUUCCGGCCUGCAAUGAGAUGUCAAAGAUGACUUUUAAAAGGACAAAACAGCUUUUCCAAAGUGCUUUGGGAGAUGAUCAUUGAUUAUCGAUUGAUUUAUUUUGGUUCACCAGUGUGGAAUAAAAUGGAUGUGUAAAAAUCAGCUCUCUGGUUCACAAGAAACUUGACCUGUAAAUGUGUGACAUAAGGAGAAAAACUGUCCUUUUUUAGCAUUGUCCGUUUUCCACUCGUUUUUAGGACAUUGAAUUGACACUUUUUGCUGUUUCGCCCGUUGAAAUCUUUGCGAUUAUUCUUAUUAUUGUCUGUCAGGGUGUGAGGGAGUAGAUACAGGACAGAUUACAAGGAAAAGGAUGUGUUCCAACUGUUGGGGAAAGUCUAUUCCAGGGUGCUGGGGUGUGGGUUGGAGGUAUGGGGUGAAUGAGGCUUUGCCGAGCUUCACAACCGUACCACCCACGACUUUCUCCACUUCCAGAAGUGGGCGGGACUUAGAAAAAAGGAUGUAUCUCGGGAACCGGAAGUCAUAGGAGUCGUGGGUGGCACCGUUGGCAGGCAGAAAUUGGUUCCAAGCCGAUAGGACUGAGCGUUCAGGACUUAAUCUCAAAAAUCGCUCGUCCGAUCAGAUUGCAGUACGAGAAGGUCACUGGGUCAGAUUUACAAAAGUCCUCCAAAGAGUGGUUAGGAGCACAUUUCAGGUCGUUCUGAGGUGACUGGACCCCACUUUCAAUGUCACUUUUUUUGACUUACCUUGAAACUUUGGUGAAAUCGGCCUCAGCGUACACGAACCAAACACAAGCUAGCAGUGACCCCCUUCAGGUGACAAACUUCUUUGUUCUCACAUGUAUUAAAACAUACAGAAUCACUGGAAACAAAUACAGUUGGCUACUUGGCUGAUUUCACUUAUUGCAGGCUAUUUAGAGAACUGAUCCCCAGCGAUAAACCCUGUACUGCAAUCUGUUGUACUUUAGUUACAUAAGUACACAUCUACGGCGAUGAUUCCCCCCUCAUUAUUUCAUCUUCUGUCACUCUGACGUUUUCUUUCCUUUUUGAGAAAGAAGUGGAAAGCGUCGUGCAAACAUUUCCAAAUGUGCCUGCAUUGUUUUGUGUUUUGUGCGUUUUGGCGUUGUUGUUUUCUUAAAAGUGGAUUGAUUUUUGUCUGCUAAUUGAAGCUUUGGCAUGUUUUCCACGGAACGGAGAGCCAAACCAGACAGGCUUAUGGUGGUGGCACGGCGUUGUGUACUUGUACUUGUACUCAACUCACGCACACACACACACACACACACACACACUGGAUUACCUGACAUGUGCGCCUAUAUCCCUCAGGUGUAUCUUCAUUUCUCUUUCUUCCCUGUGAAUUUUCCUGGGUGUCUCAUUUCACCCCAGCUUUCUUCCUUGCUUUGGCCCAAACCCAAAGAUGGGGGCGGUGUUUGCUUACCCUUAACCCCCCUCCCUCCCAUGGCUGCCCUCCACAAAAGCAAACUUGUUUUUUCAACUCUAUUCUGACACCAACCUGUCAUAUUACUUUCAUGGGCCUGCGGCACUUUCUACAAGUCCAAUGAAAGACGCACGAUGGCCUGGUGGUCAGGGGGGUGUGGAAGAUCUGGGUUGGAAUCCCCAUCGGGCAUGUCUCUGUGGAGUUUGGUUUGCAUGUUCUCCCCGUGCGUGCGUGCAUGAAGUUCCCCGGGUACUCGGGCUUCCUACCACAUUCUAAGAACAUUGGAGAUGAUAAAUGAUCCAUCGAGUGUGAAUGCUUGUUUGUGUAUUUGUGCCCUGCCAUUGGCCCGCCUCUCGCACAGAAGUCGGCUGGGGCAUACCCCACCCCACCCCCCCACCCUGGUGAGGACAAGCGGCAGAGAAAAUGAAUGAAGAAGAAAAGUCGAAAAACAGGCCAAAAUGUAAAGAGAAACAUGUUGUGUUGAAUCUACAGAGAAGCUGAUUUGUGUAGAAAUGACAUGUGGAUGCUGAAAUGCUGUACACACGAUGUGGGAAUACUUACAGGGAAUAUGGCGACCUCUUGAGAAAGGUGGCGCUCAUCCGUUCAUUUUUCAUGGAAAUAUUGUGGAGUUCGGAACAAUUUGGGGAUUUUUUGGAAAGGUGGUUGGCUGGAGUCCCAAUGCUUUAGAAAUGGCUGUCGAACCUUUUUCACACUGUUAGAGCUCAAUGCAUCUCAGUUACGUUUUAAAAGGGGGGCAAUCACUUUUUCACACAGGGCCAUGUAGCUUUGGAUGUUUUUUUCCCUUAAUAAUAAAAAGUUUCAUUUAAAAACUGCAUGAAGUGUUGAGUUGUGUUGUCACUGGCUAAUAUUUACAUCUGGUUGAUGAUCUGAAACGUUUACGUGGGACAAACAUGCACAAAAGUAAGACGUCAGGAAGGGGCACACACUUUUCCAC